GCCCCUCACUCCCUUCUCCCCUUCCCUUCCCUCCUCACGUCCUCCCCGUCCUCCUCACCCGAAAAAACAAAAACAAAAGCCGCCCGAGCCGCUGCGCAGCACGGCGCUAGAGGAAAACGCACUUCCAUUCCAUCCAGGUCAAAACUUUCGGCGCGCCGCGAAGGGACAAGGGAGUCGGGCGCGGUGGGAAGGUAGCUAAGCAUGAGGGAGCAGCAGGGUUCCGGCGACGUGGCGGCGGGGCGGCGGGGCGGGGUCAUCAGGUCGCUGCUGGGCGUCGAGCGCCGGCUCGGGGAAGGCGACGCGGACGCCGCCGAGGGGGCGGUCGGAGUCUCCUCGGGGAAGCAGCCGGCCGCCGCGGACAGCCGUGGCGAGGAGAGGAAGGCCGUGGUGAGGGUGGUGGCGGCCGACAUGCCGCCCGCGCUGCAGCGCCGCGCGUUCCGCUGCGCCCGCGACGAGCUCGCCGCCAUGCCGCACUUCCCGCGCCGGCUCGAGCCCAAGCGCCUCGCGCUCGCGCUAAAAAAGGAGUUCGAUACUGCAUACGGGCCAGCUUGGCACUGCAUCGUGGGGACGAGUUUCGGUUCAUAUGUCACGCACGCUCGCGGUGGAUUCUUGUAUUUUUCCGUCGAUAAGGUCUACAUCCUGCUCUUCAGGACAGCCGUGGAGCCCUCAUCUCAUUGACGGCCACCAGCCUACCAGCAAUGGACAAAUGGUUCAUAAAAAUGCGCAGUUCUUGGGACAGCUCACACCAAAUUCAGUUGUUCAGUCAGCUAGGCCGAGGCCUUGUAACUUGUAAAUUCCAUUGUUUCUUCGAAGGCAAAUGGAAACUCUUCAUGUUUCUGGUAAAAUUUCGAUUUGUUGGUGUCAUCUGUUCCAACUGAAUCUGUUCAAGAGUCAAGACUA